UCGGUCUCAUCAUCUGUUCACAGGGAACACUGCAGUGCUGGAGCUCGGGUGAGUGAGUGUCAUACUGAAAGCAGAACAGUCGAUGAGACAGACAUCUCUCUGGGACUUCACAGAAAAGCAAACAUAGAGGUGCCAGAAGUGGAAGUGAAAGAGACUCCAGCAGAUGUGCUGAACAUGGCAUCCAGCAAGAGUAAACUGAGUCUGAGAGAAGAUCUGACAUGUGCCAUCUGCUUUGAGCUCUUCAAAGAUCCCGUGAUGCUGGACUGCAUGCAUCACUUCUGCAGGACAUGCAUCACGUCGUACUGGAGGACUGUCAGGAGUCCUGUGUCCUGUCCUCAGUGCAGAAAACAGUUUCCCAGCAAACGCGUUCACACCAACUACUUAGUAGCCGGUUUAGUGGAGAAGGUCAGGGCCAGCUCCAGCUCGAGAUCUGUCAAGUAUCUGGAGAAACAACUAAAGGACUGCCUGGAGUCACAGUGCUCCGUGAAAGACACUUACGUCACGAUGAUCCGUGGAGACAGAGAAAAGAUGGAUCAAAUAAAAAAAGUCGGAGCUGAGCUGCAGAGCCGAGUGCACAGUGACUUCCAGGCUCUCCAUAACUUCCUGCAGGCGGAGGAGGAAAACAUGAUGGAGGAGUUGAGGAGAGAGCAGGAGGAAAUGCUGCUGGGUCUGGAGCGACAUCUGGAGGCCCUACAGGUGGCCAUGAGGGAUGUGGAACAGAACAUCAACACACUACGACAGACGGCCAGCAGCACACAGCAGUCUGUGCUUUUGGAGCUUCCCGAACUGAAUUCAAGACCACCUCUACAGGAGCUGCAUAUCAACAUCACUGCCUUUAGAAGCAAACGCAUCGCUCCUCUUCAGUACACUAUUUGGAGAAAGAUGUUUCAACAUUUAAAGCCAGGUCCAGCACCUUUGAUAUUUGAUGAGGACACGGCUCACCCCAGCCUACAGCUUUCCAGAAACAAAACCCAAGUGGUGGAAGGCGACAAUAUGACCAUCUACACAUGCAAUGCCAAACGCUUCCUCCAGUGUGUUAACAUUCUGGCAACUGAGGGCUUCCAGUCAGGCAGCCAUUAUUGGGAAGUGGAUGUGAGCAACAAUCGUAAAUGGGAUUUAGGCGUCGCUCUGGAAUCGGCGAACCGUCAGGCCAGAGUCAAACUGUGCCCCGAGAACGGCUACUGGACCCUCCGGCUGCGGAAUGGCAACCAGUACUCCGUGGGCACCCAGCCCUGGAUGCCGCUGACUGUGAUGACCUCGCCCAGCAGGAUUGGGGUUUUUCUGGAUUGUGAGGAAAGCAGAGUUUCGUUUUACAAUGCAGAUAACAUGGAGCUGCUGUAUUUCUUUUUUGACGGGCCGAGGGAAAAAGCAUUCCCCUUCUUCAGCCCGUGCCUCAGUGAACGUGGUCAAAAAGCCCAAGCCAUCUGUAUUCUUCACCAUUGCAGUUUUGAAAUGAAUCGCUCAAGUAAUUUGUGCCAUGUUCACUGAUCCGGUGUUCCAGGAUUCUGUGUUGUAAAAUAUUUAUCACUCAUGCUUUAUUAGAGCCAUGCAGAUAUAAUGACAGUAAUCAGUCAUUGUGUCAUGAAUUUAUUGUAUGUAGACAUCAGGCGGGCAAAACCAACUACAGACAAAUUCUCAAGCGUUUUCAUGCCAGAAGAUGCCCAAAGAUCUGAUUUAACCAUGGUAAUUGACAUUGAUUAAUGACAAAAACAUUGUAAUCUAGCCUUAAGAUCAAAUGUUUUUGCAGAAAAACAAACCUGGCCU